AUGCAGAACAGAACCUGUCUAGUUCUCUGUGCCUUUGCCCUCCUGACGGGCUUCCUGAUGAUCUGCCUGGGGGCCUUCUUCAUUUCCUCGGGCUCCCUGUUCAACUGCCAGGGGAACCUGAUCCUGGCCUAUUUGCUUCUGCCUCUGGGGUUUGUGAUCCUUCUGAGUGGAAUUUUCUGGAGCACCUACCACCAGGCCAGUGGAAGCAAAGGGGUGUUCAGCUGUGUGCUCAGACAGUACGGUGCUCAGGGGGCCCUGCCCCUGGCCACAGUGGACAGGCCAGAUUUUUACCCUCCUGCUUAUGAAGAGAGUCUUGAUGCUGAAAAGCAAGCCUGUCCUGCAGAGCAAGAGACCUCGGGUGUUCCUCCACCUCCGUAUACAGAGAUGAGUCUCGAAUUUGAGGAUGAAGGUGUUGCCCACCCGGAGGCCCCACCGUCCUAUGACGAGUCUGUAGCAGACAGGGUGGAGGCAGCAAUGCCACUGCAGGAUGCUGAAAGGCAAAACCAAGAGUGCUGA